AUGAGAGCUACCUGUAUACUUUGCGCAUCAGUAGCAAUACUCGCUCAGGCACGAGCAAUAUGGCCAUUUGAUUCCGAUAGUUCAAGCACUAGCGACUCAACAGAAACAAGUACUCCUUCAGAUGAUGGUGAAUCGUGGAUUCGCUCAGUAGUGGGUAACCUUGGUGGAAGUGGAAGCGAAACCAGCAGCACAAAUGCAGCAGCAUCUACAGACGACUCUAACCCUUAUGCACCUUACAAUUCAACAUGUCCCUCAGGAUCCCUAACACGAGAAGCAAACGACAUUUCCGAUCCUGAGAAGGAGUACAUUCAAAAGAGACAAGCGAUAACUAAUAAAAACUUGAUAAAUUUUUUGCAAAACAAAUCAAACUUGACUGAUUUCGAUGCUGAAUCGUUUAUAAAUGAUAACGCCAAGGACCAUAAUAUUAGUAUUGGAUUGGCAUUCAGUGGCGGUGGUUACAGGGCUAUGUUAUGUGGAGCAGGUCAGCUCCUAGCCACGGAUGAUAGGUUCGAAGGCGCUAAUGAACAUGGUGUCGGUGGUUUACUUCAAGCUUCAACUUACAUCACGGGUCUUUCUGGAGGAAACUGGCUCGUUGGCUCCUUGGUUAUGAACAACUGGCUUUCGGUUGCCGAGGUUGUCAAUGGAAGCUCCUCUAUUUGGGCACUAGAAGAUUCAAUAUUGAACCCUAGUGGUAUACGUAUAGAUAAAACAAUCGCAUAUUAUUACGGCCUACGAUCGGCUGUUUUAGCAAAGGACGAUGCUGGGUUUGAUACCACCAUUACUGAUAUAUGGGGAAGAGCAUUGUCGUAUCAGUUUUUCCCUGACGAAAGUGGUGGAGAGAAUAUUACGUGGUCAAGUGUUAGAAACAUGUCACAUUUUGAAGAUCAUACAAUGCCUUACUUUUUGGUUGUCAGUAAUGCCAGACGUCCUGGAGAUUUGAUUAUUAAUGAAAAUAGUACCGUUAUUGAGAUUUCCGCUUAUGAGUUGGGACUGUGGGACCCAUCUUUGAAUGCGUUUGCUGAUGUUGAAUACUUGGGGUCUUCGGUUGACUCCGGAAAUCCAAACAAUACCAGCGUGUGUGUACGCAAUUUUGACAAUGCUGGAUUCAUAAUGGGCACAUCUUCGUCUUUAUUCAAUCAAGUUUUGCUUCAGUUGGGUAAUUAUGACAUUAAUAGCGUUAUCAAAACAAUCUUGGAAGGAUUAUUAUCUCGUAUCAGCUAUGCCGAAUGGGAUAUAGCUUCAUACGAGCCAAACCCUUUUUUUGGACAAGGAAGUGGUGAAUCCGUAGCCAUGGUUAAAAAUGAAACUUUAUUUUUGGUAGAUGGAGGUGAAGAUUUGCAAAAUGUUCCAUUUUACCCCUUGAUCCAAAAUACCCGUGAAGUGGAUGUAAUCUUUGCAUUUGAUAAUUCAGCUGAUACUGAAGAGGGUUGGCCAAAUGCAACGUCAAUCGUGCUGACUUACAAAAGACAGUUUGCUGAACAAGGAAAAGGAACACCGUUCCCAUUUGUUCCUGAUGUUGAGAAAUUUCUCGAUGAAGAUUUGUCCUCUAAACCAGUUUUCUUUGGAUGUAACGCUUCUGAUUUGGAUGCGUUGAUACAAUGGCACAACAAUACCGACAUCAAUGCCACUGACGUUCCGUUGGUUGUUUAUGUGUCAAACCAUUAUCAGUCAUACUACUCGAAUUUUUCCACCUUCAAGUUGUCCUAUGAAAAUGCCGAAAAGUUUGGAACCAUUAGGAAUGGAUUUGAAGUCAUGUCAAGGAAGAACCUUACAGAUGAUAGCGACUGGUUGACAUGUGUUGGAUGUGCCAUAAUACGAAGGCAACAAGAGAGGUUUGGGCAAGAGCAAAGUGAUGAAUGUAAACAGUGUUUUCAAAAUUAUUGUUGGAGUGGUGGAGUAAAAGAUGCUGCUCCGGUUAGCAGUGCAAGUGGCUUGAGUGAAAUCACAGGAUUGAGGACUUCAUCAGUGCAGUCUACGUCAUCUACAGCAACAUCAUCUGGUGGCUCUGCAACUACAUCAUCGGGUAGUGAGAAUACGUCGUCCAGUGGCUCCUCUUCCACCUCCUCCUCAAAGAAGAACGAGGGAGUUACCACUGGUAGACAGCCGCCAUUUUUCUUCUUAUUAGGUAAUUUAUUAUUAGCUGCAUUGGCUGCUUAA